UCCAAAUUGAAGGUGAAAUUAUUUUCCUACCUCGUCCAUUAGACUGAACAGCGGGUUGUCACCGGUUGUUUUUCCGUUCUAGCUAACAAUUCCGCCUCGGUAAUAUUCAUCAUCAUGUCAUUAUUCGGUGAAGUUCCCCAAGCCACUCCAGUGGCGGUUUUCAAACUGUCGAAUGAUUUCAAAGAGGACCCGAACCCCAUGAAGGUGAACCUCGGUGUUGGAGCCUACAGGACAGAUGAGGGCCAGCCCUGGGUGCUGCCCGUGGUUAAGAAGGUGGAAAAGCUCAUCGUAGCAGACAACCGUCUGAACCAUGAGUACCUCCCCAUCCUGGGUCUGCCUGAGUUUAGGUCCUCUGCAUCCAAGAUCGCCCUGGGAGAAGACAGCCCUGCCAUCCAGGAGAACAGGGUGGGAGCGGUGCAAUGUCUGGGGGGUACAGGUGCUCUGAAGAUGGGGGCUGAGUUUCUCAGACGCUGGUACAACGGGCACGACAACAUGAAAACACCUGUCUACGUCUCAGCGCCAACCUGGGAAAACCACAACUCUGUGUUUGCCAACGCUGGGUUUGAGGAUGUCCGUCCCUAUAAGUACUGGGACGCAGAGAAGCGGGGACUGGAUCUUUCCGGUUUCCUAGGUGUCCUGGAGACUGCACCAAAGCAUUCCAUCUUCGUUUUGCACGCUUGUGCCCACAACCCCACCGGCACAGACCCUACACACGUGGAGUGGAUGCAGGUGGCUGAGGUCAUGAAGAGGAGGAAGCUGUUUGUGUUCUUUGACUCUGCGUAUCAGGGCUUUGCGUCAGGCUGUCUGGAUAAGGAUGCAUGGGCAGUGCGCUACUUUGUCACCCAGGGCUUUGAGAUGUUCUGUGCCCAGUCCUUCUCCAAGAACUUUGGCCUUUACAAUGAACGUGUGGGGAACCUGACCAUCGUAGCUCGUGAUGCUGACAACGUGAGGAGGGUUCUGUCUCAGAUGGAGAAGAUUGUCAGGGUAACCUGGUCCAACCCUCCCUCCCAGGGUGCCAGGCUAGUCGCCAUUACACUCAACACAGCUGAACUCUUCGCUGAAUGGAAGGAUAAUGUGAAGACCAUGGCAGACCGUGUGUUGUUGAUGAGGGCUUCACUCCAGGCUAAACUGCAGGCUCUGGGAACACCAGGAACAUGGGACCACAUCACACAGCAGAUCGGCAUGUUCAGCUUCACUGGCCUCAACCCUAAACAAGUGGAGUACAUGAUCAAGGAGAGGAGUAUCUACCUAAUGGCCAGCGGUCGUAUCAACAUGUGUGGUCUGACCACUAAGAACAUCGACUAUGUGGCCGAGUCUAUCCACGAGACUGUUGUCAACGUCCAGUAGAAGACAACAAUACCCUCAGCACUGGCCCCUGUCCACCACCAGCAGUGUGUGCGUAUAAUGUAUUAGACCAAGGGGGAGCCAGCUACGGGCCACAUCUGGCCUGCGAGACAUUGAAAAAAUAAAUAUAUAUUUUUUUAUAAAUCUUUUUUUUUUCUCCCCAAUUUCAUGGUAUCCAAUUGGUAGUUAUAGUCUUGUCCCAUCGCUGCAACUUCCGUACGGACUCGGGAGAGGCGAAGGUCGAGAGCUGUGCAUCCUCCGAAACAUGCCCCGACCGAGCCAACCGACCAUGACCCGACCGACCCAGAAGCCAGCCGCACCAAUGUGUCUGAAGAAACACUGAACACCUGGCGACAGUGUCAGUGCGCAUGCGCCUGGCCCGCCAAACGAGUCGCUAGAGCGCGAUGGGACAAGGAAAUUUCGGGCCUGCCAAACCCUCUCCUAACCCGGACGACACUGGGCCAAUGCCUCAUGGGUCUCCCAGUCACUGCCAGCUGUGACACAGCCUGGGAUCGAACCCAGGUCUGUAGUGGCGCCUCAGGCACUGUGAUGCAGUGCCUUAGACCGCUGCAUCACUCAAUGUUAACAAACAAUUGGUCCCCCAAAAAAUGCGGCGUUCCGUUGAAUUUCAAAAUCCCAAUUUGUCACUCGAGACAAAGUUUGCCCACCCCUGUGUUAGACCAAGCACACAGAAGCCCCCUUCCUAACUCCUAGCGCAUCACUGUACGCUGAGCUGAUAAUGUCACUGCUUGUCUAAAGAUAUAUUCUAUUUUAACCCUUAAACUAAUGCACAAGGCAGCGUAACAGUUAAAGAGAAGUCUUAAUCAUUUGUCUGUGUGUCUCUGUGUGUUUGUCAUCCCUGUGUGUUUGUCAUCCCUGUGUGUUUGUCAUCCCUGUGUGUUUGUCAUCCCUGUGUGUUUGUCAUCCCUGUGUGUUUGUCAUCCCUGUGUGUCUUCAUCAAUACUGCUCGCAGUGGAGAGGGGUGUCAUUUCCUUUUGAGUGUUUGUGUUCAGUGGUGUCACGAAUAAGCAGUCUGUGUCAGGACAUUGUAGAUGCUGUGUGGUUCCACACUAAGGCACUGACUGGGUGUCUCUCGACACUUUGAAAUGGCUUCCUUUCCUCAUCUCCUUCAUUGAAACUGAUGUUUCUUCCACCUGUCAUGUUCAGCCAGAUCAGUGAUCACGGAGGGAAGGACACAAGGAAAGGAGAUAUGGAAAAUAAGCUAUAGUGUUUAAACUAUUGAGACACAGGCCAAGUGUGUCUGGGUGUAUUAGACUAGCUGGUAAUGAUGAUCUUCCAUUGCUUAAUCAUGUUAUUAACAUUACAAUGUGAUUAGUAUUGCUGGAGUCGUUCUUGAAUUGCUGUGGCAUUGGGGACUGGCGUUUUGGCAAAAGAAUCUACUUAAUUAUUCUGGAUUGUUUGUUUAUUUAAAUGUGUUUUGGUAUAUCCUCCCAUUCAACUAAGAUGACUGCUUAAUGACAUUAUGAUAACAUUGUGCCAUCGGUAGGAGUAGUAACACCAAUGACGGUAACACUAAUAACACAUUUUAGGUUAUUUUCUUAAAUUGAUGCAACAUAUACUCAAAUCUAAAGUCAUUAGCUCUUUGAAAAUAAUUUUUGACAUGAUUAAUCAUUUAGCUCACGGUGUAAUUUCCCCACAUUUUAACUUGAAUAACACAGAGGGACACUUUGGAUUUCGACAUACCAAAGUAUCAAUGGAAUCUUUCAAAUGUAUGACAUACUGGGUGUGAUUAAUUAACAAUUCUCUUCAAUAUAGACCCCUCCCUGAUAAGUUUACCACUGGAGGGAAUGUUCAAGGUUCUUGUUUAUAUUUGCAAUGAGUGAUUGUCAAGGCAGGAACACCAAAGACAGACACUUGAGGGACAGACAUACUAUUUUAAAAUAAAUAGUUAUUUUAAUA